UUCUUUUUGUCCUUAGAUUUCAUUUCUAGUCCUUCUGGGAUGCACCAAUUACUGUUUUCAGGUCACCUGAGAUGCUUCUUUUUAAGUUAUGUUUAUUUAAUUUUGCUUUUGUACUUAAGGAUAAAAUAAUUACAUGGCCCCAAAGUCAAGUACACAAAGCAAGGUAUGUUCCAAGAAGUCUAGCUUCUCCCCCUGUCCACCCUGUCCUUACCUCACCCUCACCCUGUUUAUCCCCCUAAGUGUGCAUGCACGUGUGUGUGCAUAUGUGUAUGUUUAAUAAAAGUAAAGACAUCUGUGUAUUCCUAGGCCCCCUGUUUCUUGAAAAAUGGGAGGCCAUCACACACUUGAUUGCACCUUGCAUUUUUCUUUAACAGUUUCUCUUAGAGCCCAUUCCGUGGCAGUAUUUGAGUUCCUCUUGCCCUUUUCCAGCUCUAUGAUCCUCCAGGGUGGGAUGUAUUACUUUAUUCAACCAGUUAGUUCUCUGCCAGUGGACACUGGGGCAGUUCCCAGCCCGUGCUUUCGUGGUAGUGUGGUCGUAAGCAACUGGCACAUUCAUCUUUCCAAGUUGCUGGCCCAGUGUCUUUGGAUAGGUCCACAGAAGAGGUAUUGCUGACUCCAAGGGUAAAUCUGUAUGCUUUCUGUUAAGUUUGAUAUAUUAAUUUGCCAACCUACCUUCCAACAACAGUGUUUGGGAGUAGACUGGUUCACUCAAAAUGCACAUUUGCAAGACUGGUACCCAAUUUGGUGUCCCUGUGUGUUACCAGUGUCCUGGCUUGACCCUUGAGGCCCUGGUUAGUAGCUGGUCACAGGAGCCCGGGCUCACUGACCAGGCACAGACAAGGAAGGGAUGGGACUAUGCUGAGUUAGAACCAGGAACCGGGGCCAUUUUGAUGCCAAAUGUCCCUUGGUCUUUCAUUUCUUCUGUAUUCUUCUAGGUCAUUUCUUUGGAUUUAUGAGGACAUAUCUGUAUUUGUGAAUGUGUACAUGCCUAGACGUGUCCGACAUCAAGUUUCAAUAACCCAUCAGAAAAAUCUUCACAGAUCACCUUUGUGAUCCAGCCCAGCCCACACCUUCUGGUGGCAGAUGGGGUGGAAUUGUAUGGGAGGUCAUUUUAAUGUGCUCCCUUCCCCGCUGCUUCCUUCUCCGAGAGCAGAGGAGUGAAUUCCCCCACGCUGACAGGCACUGAGCACCUUCCAGUGCUUUUGUAAUCCCUCUACAUAAGCAAUCAGAGCCUAAAGUUGGAGGGUGCAGAGAAGAAACAGUGCACCAGCACGAACUGGUGUGGCUCAAGAAACUGGACGUUGCUGGCCAGAGCCCAAGGAAAGACCCUGCACAAGCUGGGUGAUGCCCAUGUUCUGUUUGGUGCAAAACCUGGUGCCCGUCCUGAUGUCGGCCCCCAUCCCUCCCCCCUCACUGUGAGUGCCAGGCUCCGUGCUGAGCCCUACUACAAGAGAUGAGAUUUUGUCAAAAUUGCUGUCAGUACAGUGUGGGGAGCAGGUCUGAGGAAGACAAGAGUGCAAGAGUGGACUUGGAGAGACUGUUACAAAGAGAGAGCACGCGAGCACAAGCAGGGGGUGUGGCAGAGAGAGAGGGAGAAGCAGACUCCCCACUGAGUGGGGAGCCCAACGUGGGGCUCGAUCCCAGGACCCAGGGAUCACGACCUGAGCUGAAGGCAGACGCUGAACUGCUUACCCGACAGAGCCACCCAGGGGCCCCUCAAGAUCCUUUUCUAAAAUGAAAAGCCAUGUGCCUAACAAGAAGUUCUAUUUCCACUGGAAAGACAGCAGGCAUUAAAGCACAGUGCGGACUAGUGGGGACUCUGGGACAGACAGAACUGGCUUCAGAUUCACCAGCAGUGACGUGAGGCAAGUCAGUCAGCCUCUCUGAGCCUCCGUUUCUCUCCUUAAACAUGUCCAGCGGUUGCGAGGAUUGCAUAAGGGCGUGUGCACAGAAGGCAUUUCCUCGCACAGUGCCAGGCGCGCGUGAAACAACCAGUCAGUGGAAGGGCUCCGUCUGGUUGUUACUGAAAAUCUAGAUUUCUUAACACUCAAGUUGGCGUCAGGAUCUUUGUUGGAUCCCAGGUCACCUGGUUCAGCCACUGGUUCUCAGACUGGGUGCCAUGGGACUCCCCUGCAGUGCUUGACAGAAAUACAGCGUUCCGGCCUCGCCUCCAGAGCUUCUGAUUUGGAAGUUGGGGCCCAGGAAUGUGUGGUUUCAUCGAGUUCAGUCCCAGAGUGAUGCAGACACUGGGGUCCUCGGACCACACUUGUAGAGACCCUGCUCCAGGCCCUAUUAUAAUAAAACACACCGAUACUCCCCCAGCACCCCAGCACCACCACCACUGCCCAGGUGGUGGUAAAAAGGCCUGACAUCCCUGCUUCUGUUAGUUACCUUCUGGGGGCAGUGACAGGAACACCAAUCAAACUGGCUGCAGCAGAAAGGGAAUUUAUUGGCCUGUGCAACUCACAUGUGCAGGCUAGCUCUGCUCCUGUCUGCGUUGGCCUGACCCCCAGGCAAGCCUUCUCCACAUGCUGCCCCCCAGGCCCAGGCUCACCCAUCCUUGCAAAUGGCAGUCCCAGCGGAGGAAUUGUCAGCAAAGGGGCCCAGCCAGAGCCUCCCAUGGAGCCCCACUGGCCUGGUUGGAUCAGCCACUCUCGAACCGCUUGGGUUGAGAUUAGGGGACAGCUGACGUCACCAGAAGAAGGGGGACAGGUGCCGAGCAGGAAGAAACUGAAGAUGGCCACCACACUCCAAAGGGGAGCUCCGAUGAUAAAUAUCCCUACAAACAGCUCUCGCAGGCGUGAGCGCCCAAUGGCCAGGGAUGGUCAGGCUGUGGCCAGAGAGCACUUUGUAAGGUGCUGCCCCGAACAAGGAAGUUUUCUUCCAAACAGUUCUCAAGCCUCCCGACCUCGGCUCCCAGAAUGUCCUUCUUCCUCCUUUUCCUAACCCAGGACACCCAGCUUCACGAUCGCUGUCCCCGAGAAGCCUCCUCCCUCAGCUGCCCUGUGGCUUUGCCCUCUGCAUGCCUGUAACCGUAGCUCCCAGAGGCAGGGUGGGCUCAAGUCCUGCCCUGCCCCUUCCUAGCUGGGUGUCCUUGGACAAGGGACUUCCUUCUCUGAGCUCUGUUUCUCUCAUCUGUCUGGUACCUGGCCAUUUCCUGAAGCGCUCUCUGCACUUCCUCAACCAUCAGAGACUUUUUCUGUGGGGCACACGAUGCCCUAAAUAAAAGGUACGUUUCUCAUGGUCCCUGGCAGCUGGGUGUCCCAGGACUAAGGGCUCCCCAUGGGGUGGGAGCCGCAGUGUCAGAGGCUGUCUGAAGGGAUGGCUGGCAUGCAUCUGUCGUCUCUUGCUGGCGCACACCCUCAGUCCUGCUGCCCGAGAUGCACGCACUGCCACCUUUGACCCGGAGGGAAGGCCCUGGGAGUGGCAGAGCGGUGACCCGAAGCCACUCAAUAGAACAGAGCCACCGUACCUGCCCCGCAAGUCAGGCCUCCAGCCUUUGGCAUGAGAAGUAACUUCUGGUUUGUUUGAGCCAUGAUAAUUUGGGGCGCUCUCUUACAGCAGAAAGUCACCCGAACUCAGAGUCUCUGCCUCUCAGGGGUUGUUGUGGAGAGUAAAUGAGAGGAUGUGGUUAAGAGGCCCAGCACGGGGCCCGAUGCACAGUAGGCACUCCCUCGAGCGGGUGGCUGUUCUGUCCUCCCAGUUAUUCUAACCAUCCACUUCGUUGUGCUCACGUACAUGAGCGGGUUGUUGGCCAUCUGCCUCCCGCCUUGGGGCGGGCACCUUCACGCCAGGGGCUUUGUCUUCUCUCUCUCUCUCCCUGAGCUCUGGCCUGGUUCCUUGGAUGCCAACGACAGAAACCAGCUCCGGCUGAUUAUUGGCAGACCACGAGGCUCCCACAGGCUGGCAGGGGAGGCCGAGACCCACGCUUGGCACAGACAGGCACCCCCGGCCACAGAGCGGCUGCACUGCAGAUCCCACCCUGAUGGGAGCAGUUGCCAACUGUUUGAGGUCUCCCCGCGUCUCUCCCCCUAGGCCCCGUUUGGGCCACAUGCCCACCUCUCAAAAGAGGGGACACCUUGGUGAACACUUCCACCGGACCGGACCCAACAGGACUAAGUUCAGUCCCCAAACGGAAAGUGAAAUGGCCACUGAGCAGUAAACGUCCCAAGUAUGGACGGGGUCUGGAUGCUCCUGGAAGUGAGGAGCAAAGACCCUGACCCAAACACGAGUAAACUGUAUCGCCUCUCAAAAACGGACGUCUGCACGUGGCUGCUCGGGGUGAGUGGAUGGGUGGAUGGUCAGCGGCAGCAUCCCUGGGGCCCAGGUACUUUCCAGCCUGGGCUCCGCCCUCCGGCUGCGAGCAGGAGCUCCAGACCUGAGGAGGAGGAAGAGAGGAAGGCCCCUCCUGGAAAGAGGACAAUUCCCAGAGGCCCCAGCACACAUUCCCCCAGGUCUCACUGGCCAGAGCACUGCGUCACACGCCCUUUCUGGAAACAUAAUGGCAAGGACAGAUGGAAUCACCAAAAUGGGUUUGGACUAACCUCCUGAGUGGAAAGAAGUUGGGGGUCAAUCCCAGGUCUCCCUCUGUGCUGAUGUGGGACCCAUCUGGUCGAACCUGCUCCAACUGGCCAGGAAGGCUGAACCACAUUGUUGAGUAUUUUCCAUGAGUAACCAGCAGGUGGGACAAGGCAGUGCUGCUCAAUCCUUUCGUUUGAGGUUCUGCUCACCAGCGUGAGCGUCAGAAUAUACUUCCAGGGUCCUGUGCCUUCGUCUUUCCAACGUUAAGCCUCACCCUCGUCAACAGGCAGGGAAGAUUCCAGAAGCCUGGAGAAGUUGGCUCACAAACAUUAGCACCCCUGCUCCUGGGCAGGCAGGUAAGGAGUCCAUCGAGAGCCCCGCCAUGGAGCAGGCUUCCUGAUCCAGCUCGGCUGCUCACCAGCUGCAUGGCCUUGUACUUAACCUUCAGGGACUUCUCCAUGGAGUGGGGACAAGAUGCUCAGCACACCUUAGCCCGACAUUCUUCUAUUCUAGGGACCAUCUAGGCUAGGGGCUCUGUGUGGGCCCUGCCAGACCUCCCACUGUUGUCCCCUCUCUCGGCUCCCUUUCGUGAGCAGCCACUGUUCCCGGUGGUUCCUGUGUCUCUUCUCCAUGUCCCUCCUUCUCUGCACUGUCCCUCCCUGUCGGCCCACUCUCCUCAGCUUCUGUCACGCUCACACUUCUGUCUUCCUGGACCACUGGCCUCCUGGCCUCCUGGCCUCCAGGACCCACACGCCUUUGGCUUUUCCUUCUUCCUCCGGUUACCCUUUGUGGUCCUUCUGCAGGCUCCUCCUCACCUGCUCAACCUCUAGCUCAGCACUGGGCCCUUUGUCCACACCCCGGGGUCAGCCUGGCUCUGGGUUUUCAGCACCAGCUCUGUGCUGAUGACCACCUCAAAGAAAAACCCCAUGUGUUUCUCCACGUUCCAUACUUUUGUUUCAACAAACGUAUGGGUUUUCCACACCCAGGAGUUCCAACACUAACUGCCUGGAGUUAGUGCAGACCCCACAGGUUAAGUGCUGUCCCACAAGAUCCUGCAACCCCACCCCCCACCACUUCAGACACCAUUUGAAAGUCCAGGUUUUCACCUGGGCCUCUUAUAAAUCAGAGGUUCCCAUGACCCCUCCUCGGGUUCGAUAACUUGCUAGGAUGGCUCACAGAACUCAGGAAAACGGUUUACUUGUAAUUAAGGAUUUAUUCUAGGACCCAACACACAGACAGAUGGAAGUGAUGCACAGGGCAAGGUAUUAGGGGGUGGUGUGCGGAGCUUCCAGGCCCUCUCCAAGCAUAUCAUCUUCCCAGCACCUCCACCUGUUCGCCUGUCUGGAAACUCAACUCUUCCGCUUAGAGUUUUGACUGGAGACUCCACUGUGCACGCACAGUUGAUUCAAUCCCUGGCCACUGGUGACUCAUGCAGCCUCCAGCCCCUCUCCCCUCCCCCAGAGGCUGGGCGGGGGUGGGAGGAAGGCAGGGUAGAGAUGGGACUGAAAGUUCCAGCCCCUGGCAGCCAGCCCCCCAUUCUUGGGGGGCUUUCCAAAAGUCACCUCAUUCACAUACACUCAGGUGUGUUGGAAAGGGGCUUGUUAUGAAUAACAACAGAUGCUCCUUUCAUCUUUAUCACUCUGGAGGCUUUUCAGGAGCUGGGGACAAAAAACAACUAUAAGUUGCUCCUAGUACUCUUACCACUUAGGAAAUUAAGAAGGGUUUUAGGCGCUCUGGUCAGGAGCCAUGGACGAAGACCAAAAUAUCUAUUUCUUCUAUCACAACAUCACACCCCAAACCCCUCUGCCAAGUUCCAGACUCAAAUCCUACUGUCCACAUGACCCCUCCACUUCGACAGUUCAAAUGUGAUCACAAACAGCUGGGAUGUCCCCUCCCAGACUUUUCCGUCCCAGCGAACACUCGGGCGUUGCACACUCAGGCGCCUCCCCCUCCACGUCCAGUCCACACAUGGUCCCGGUCAGUCCCAUAUCCAGUAUCUGUUUUACCUCCCGAAUCUGUGCCCAUUUUUCCAUUCCUUCUCCCAGCACACUAGUCCCAGCCAUUAUCUGGCCUGCACUCCCACUUCUGCCUUCCCCGAGAUCUACUCCCGAGCCAGCCACCAGAAUUACCUCAGGAAAAGCGAACUGUAUCAAUGGAUGAAAGAAUAAGCAAACUAUGGCACCACCACACAACGGAAUAUUCAGCCAUAACAGGAAUGAAGUACGGAUCCAUGCCACAACAUGAAGGAACCCCAAAAACAUGCUGAGUGAAAGAAGCCAGUCGCAAAAGGCCACAUACUAUAUGACUCUGUAUAUAGAAAUGUCCAGAACAGACAAAUCCAUAGAGACAGAAAGCAGGUCAGUGGGACCUUUGGGCUGGAGGGGAGUGGGGAUGGAGACCAACUCUUUUUUUUUUUUUUAAAGAUUUUAUUUAUUUAUUUGAGACAGAGAGAAUGAGAGACAGAGAGCAUGAGAGGGAAGAGGGUCAGAGGGAGAAGCAGACUCCCUGCCGAGCAGGGAGCCCGAUGCGGGACUCGAUCCCGGGACUCCAGGAUCAUGACCUGAGCCGAAGGCAGUCUCUUAACCAACUGAGCCACCCAGGCGCCCGGAGACCAACUCUUUAAUGGGCACCAGGUGUCCUUCUGAGAUGACAGAAAAGUUCUGGAACUGAGUAGUGGUGAAGAAACCAAAUCUCGGGCCAAGCCACUUGCCUUGGGUCACCUAGCCAAAGGAGGCAGAGCCAGAACUUACACCCAGAUCCAGAGAGGACAGGAAAAUGGCCACCUGGGAUGAAAAGGCCAGCUCCCGCAGGGCCAAAGUGGCUCCGGCCAAGAGGAUGAGCAAGUUCUUGAGGCACUUCACUGUCGUUGGGGACGAUUACCAUGCCUGGAACAUCAACUACAAGAAAUGGGAGAACGAGGAAGACGACGAGGAGGAGGAGCAGACGUCGCCAGCACCUGCGUCCAGCGAGGAGGGCAGAGCCCCCGACCCAACGGCGGCCCCCGGCCCCGUGCCCCGGCCCCCCCUCGACUUCAGGGCCACACUGAGGAAGCUCUUCAGCUCCCACAGGUUUCAGGUUAUCAUCAUUUGCCUGGUCAUUCUGGAUGCCCUCCUGGUGCUCGCCGAGCUCAUUCUGGACCUGAAGAUCAUCGAGCUUGACAAGAAUGACUAUGCCGCCAAGGUGUUCCACUACAUGAGCUUUGCCAUCCUGACCUUUUUUAUGAUGGAGAUCUUUUUUAAAUUAUUUGUCUUCCGCAUGGAGUUCUUUCACCACAAGUUUGAAAUCCUGGAUGCCAUUGUGGUGGUGGUUUCCUUCAUCCUCGACUUCGUCCUCCUGUUCCAGAAGCACCAGUUUGAGGCUCUCGGCCUGCUGAUUCUGCUCCGGCUGUGGCGGGUGGCCCGGAUCAUCAAUGGAAUAAUUAUCUCAGUUAAGACACGUUCAGAACGGCAACUGCUGAGGUUAAAACAGAUGAAUAUACAGUUGGCCGCCAAGAUCCAACACCUUGAAUUCAGCUGCUCUGAGAAGGAACAAGAAAUUGAAAGGCUGAACAAGCUAUUGAGACAGCAUGGACUUCUUGCUGAGGUCAACUAGACACUGCCUGCUCCAUCCCGAAGAGAAGACCCUUGCCUCUCGGGCUUGUGCCGCUGACGAGAAAGACAGCUGCCCCUCUUGGGGCCGUUUCGGGGACAGGUUUGGUUUGAUGCCUUUGCCUCGCCCCCACCCAGCUCAGAUUCUGGGGGGCUGAGGAGGAAAGUCUGUGGGAAGGCUCGUUCUUUCUUGGCGUGACCAAGAGCUUCCCAUCCCAUUUUCACCCCCUUUCACAAUGUAUCACAAACUAUAUUUUCUCAUGUUAAACAAUUGACUCUUGUUUAAAAUGAAGGACAAAGCUGGACAACUUGUAUAUAAAAUUUAAUCUCAUCAAAUGUACUUUUCACAUUUCGCAUGUAUGAGGAACCAGUGCAUCAUUUCAUAUGAGCAUUCUGAAAGACAAAAGAAAAAAAGGAAGCUACCUUAGCUACUAGCCCAUUCUAGAAAAGUCUUAACAGCUCCUCUUCGUGCAGAUUCCCCCAGAGAGGUUGUUCUCAGGUACCCAGCCCCCUCCUCUGCAGCCUCCAGCUUCUAACUGGCUCUACCUUGUUCUGCCACCUGACAACGUUUUUCUCAAUUACUGUACAAUUAACGUAUAAAAGAAACUCCUCCCCUCGGGCCCUCCUACUCUAUUCUUUCCAGCAUCAACUGCUUGGAACCACUCUGUAGCAUCCCAUACAGACCACGAGAUGGAGAGCUCCAGUGCCUGCCACAGAAACAGCAAUUAGACCCAAGACUCCAUGUAAUGAAGAUGACACUGGGGGAAGAUCCCCUCAUGAGGCCGAGUACUCUACUCGCACGCAUGAUUUCACAUACAAUACUUUGCUAUUUUUGUAUUCAUUUCCAUGGGGCCUGAAAAGGAAAGAAAACCUGAACUACAAUGAGUAUUUUAAAAAUAACUCACAUUGAAGAAGAGGAUGCAUAAACUGGAUAAACCCUCAACACCUGAGCUACUUCUGGGUCUGUCCCCUUUACAAUCUUCCCAAAGGUGCAAUUUGGUUUCUGCACAUGACCUACAUGGCUGACAGUACUGGAAAUCACCAAGACCAGAUGGUGCCCCAUUCUAAGGUCAAACAAAGGGGAAUAAAAUUUCCAAAAGGAGGGGAGUGGGUGAAGAGGGGAAGUGUGUGGUCUGAGGGUAACCCCACGGGUCAGAGGUAGAAUACCAGGAUGUGUCCAAGGGAGCCCAGGCCCCAGAGCAUUCAAUUCUAGAGGUGAUUAACAACUUACGUCAAACAAACGGAAAGAAGAAAUUAAACGGCAGCCUGGCAUUGAUGGUUGGCCGAGCUCUGAAGCCUGCCUCCGCAGGGGCAGAUGCAUCCACAAAAGCAACCGCAGUGGAAAGGAGAACCGUCCUCUCAUUUCCUGAGUUGGUCUGUAAUAAAAAGAGUGUUGCAAGCCCUGCCUUCCAGUGUGCGCUCCUGCACUCGGAAUAACAAAGCUGGGACAGGCCGCAUUCUGGAACCUUCCUCACGUGACCGCGGUCAGUGCAUCUCCUAGGCAUGUAGAGGCGGCCUCAGCCACUCACUUGAGUGAGAGAGUUUUUACCUAGGUUGUCCUAACCCACCAAUGUCGGCCACAACUCCAUUUUCAAAGAAUUUUAAAGAUCAAAUCUAAACAAGAAUGCUGGUGUCAAGUCAACUGUUGUCAGUGGGUUUUCUCUAAUGCUGAACUGUUUUAAGAAUUCAGAUUAAAUUUCAAUAAUUUUUUCACAAAAUAAAUUUCACUAUCACACUUGA